AUGAAACCUGCAAAGGGGGUGCUCCUCCUCCUGUGGCACAUUCACAUAAUGACGUACCUGCAAAAGUCCAUCCUCUGCUACAAGCAAAGAGGAAGCUAUAACCUACAAUUAAGUCAAGGGGGCCCUAGGAGAGAACCCCUGGCCUAUGUUAGCAGUUCAGUGGGGCGGAGACCCAGCAAGUGUUUUAGUAACAAGUGCCUUUCCCCAAGUGGUAUACACAAAAAAAGGACAAGCCAGUUGAAUAGCCUUUGUGGAGGUGACGUCUCACCACCAGUAGGCUUCUCACGGUUCAGCGAUGAGACAAGCAGAGGACUCUCGCAUGGGAAGAGGAAGAAAAAUAUAUGUACAUGUCGCCUUUCCGGGUGGAAGAAUCGCAGCUCUGUCCUUUAUAUGUUGAAGAUAAAGGGGGAGGGGCAGAAAAAACAACCUAGUGAAAGUGAUCACAGUGGAGAUGCCCCCUCCCUACUGCACCUCGCACAAGUGGGUGACUUAUCCUUUUGUUAUGGAACUGCAAAUCGCCAAAAUUGCUACUCGACGUAUGAACAGAUUGUUCAAUACAUUGAACAGCACAGAGGGGAGUUCUCCUCGUGUAGUAGCCCCUCCAGUGAAGUUACUCACGUUGGGGGGGAAAGCAUAAGGAGGACCAUUGUCGAAAAGAACUACACUCUCAUUAGAGGAAGAGUGGAACAAAAAGUGAAGCAAUCGAGAAGAAUUUUGCUUCGCCUCAGACAAGAGAGGGGAAUUUAUCUCACCUGUGUGUAUGAAAAAAAAAAAGGAGGAAGCACUGAAGGGGAAGAUGAUCUUUUUACCUAUAUAAAAAAGAUACGAAACGAAAGUGUUGUGGACAUUGUGGGUCGUGUAAAGGUACAUGGAGGUUUAAGUAGAUGUAGGGUUCCCUUUGUGGAAAGCAUACUGAAUGAGAAAUGCAUAGAGGUCGUGGUGAGCAGCAUCCGGUGUAUCUCGGAAGCGUUUGAUGAUGUGCCUGUGAUGGUGAACGAGGGCAGGGCGUUCUGGGCGGCGCGUGCAGGUGCUGGCCUACGCGGCGGUGACAUGGUCGGUUAUGACAUGGCCCGUGGUGACGCAUUCCUUGGGGGAGAUAAACUCGGUGAUACUGCCCGGCGCCCCGCAAAGCUCAACACCAGCGAAGUCAUCCUGAAGCUGCAACACCCCAGCCUGCACCACAGGCACCCCAUGAACCACAUCGUGUUUGAAAUUAAGAGCCGCAUUGCGCAACGGUUUAGGGAGAUGCUUCGGCGGGAUGGAUACACAGAAGUGUUCACGUCCAAGAUGGUCGACCUCGGAGGGGGAAGAGCCCAUGACGCAGCGGCCAGCAGUGAGGAGAAGAAUGUAGGUGACUCUGCGUGUAGCAAUGGCGAACACGCCCCCGAUGACGCAAAUCAUGCCUCGCGCACCACUUCCCGUUCCAUGCAUGGCCGCACCAGUUUCCAACUGAACGGGUCGGAAGGAGGCUCCAGGUGCUACAAAAUUGAGGGGGGAAAAGUCAUACUAGCCCAGAGCCCCCAAUUUUACAAGCAAAUGUUAAUCAACUCCGAUUUUGAACGAAUCUAUGAAAUGAACUACUCAUACAGAAAUGAAAAGUUCCAUACCUCAAGGCACCUGAACGAGUUCCUUUCGCUAGACAUGGAACGAGUCCUUUAUCACAACUACUAUGAAAUAGUCAUGCCCAUGUAUAAUAUGUUGAAGCGAUUAAAUGAGUAUAUGCUUGAAAGAUUUGCGGAGGAGUUAAAUUUAAUUAGCUCUUUUUUUGGAGGUCAUGAUUUUGAGCCCAGCAAAUUUCCCGACUCUCCUUUUGUACUCUCCUUUUGCGAGGCAAGAGAUAUACUCGACAAACAUGCCUCCAACUCGUUGAGGGAUACUUCUAACUAUUCACCAUUUGAAGUACAGGAAGGGGGGAAGAGAAAAAAGACACAUGCGCCAUGUAACAUGUCCCAAGGGGAUGUGAAAAUUCUUACUAAUGAAGAAAAGGAUGAAUUGAAGAAAAGGAUAUCAUUUGAAGCACCCACUGGCGAUAUGUUGCAUGACGUAUAUUUUACUCAGAAGGUGGAGGGCAUGUACCGGGUGCACCAGGGAGGUGUCCGCACUGAUGGGAAAUCAUCCCCAUGGGAAGGGGACCCACACGAUGAGAAUGUUUACGCCUUCCUAAACGGGUUCAAUCGAGACGAGCUCUACAAGAACUUACUGCUCUUUCUUAACCGCUUAUAUGAGGGAGGUAGGGAGGUAAAUGCGUCACUUGGCCCAAACGACACGCCAUCAACUGCUUUCCAUGAUGGACAGGUGGAGUGUAAAUUUUCUUUGUUGAACCUGCUACGCAAGAACCCACGGGUACAGGAAGCAGACGACGUGUAUGAAGUACAUGUAACCGAAUCGGCGCAAAGCAAAGAGUUAAAGGAAAAGUACCUCCACUCUCCCGACUUGACCAAUGAAGAACUACAGUUCCUACACCACUUUUUAAAAAAAAAUUUUGGCGUGGACUUGUUCAUAAUUGACCAGUACCCAUGGCACCUCAGACCAUACUACACAGGACACAACCUGUACGACAUUAGGUUUACGAACAGCUUUGACUUUGUUUACAAGGGAGUAGAAAUUAUUUCCGGCAGUCAGCGAAUCAACCACUUACCUAUUCUCCUCUACAAAAUAAUGAACACCUGUGAAUCGGUGCAGAGUCCACGAAAGAAAGUCUGCUCUGCAUUAUGCAUGACGGAGGGGGCCAACUUUUCCCUGUCUGAAUAUCUCAAGCAAUGUGAAAAGCUAAUAGACGGCGACUCCACUUUAAAAAAAUACAUCAAUUCGUUUCGCUUUGGUUCGAAGCCCCAUGGGGGGUUGGCCCUCGGCUUCGAACGCUACCUGUUAGCUGCCCUCAACCUGGGGAAUGUGAAGCGCGCCGUAUUUUGA